AUGGCCUGCUACACGCUUUCAGCCGACCUGCUGCGUCGCAUGCUGGGCGUCCCAGGCCCCUCCCAGCCGCGACCCGUGUGGGUGCCACAUGCGCUGCAGGGGCCUUCAAGCGACGGCGCUGGCAGCGCCGUCGAGACCAUCUCCGCACAGAAUGACUCUGACGAUGAAGCGGUUGCCGACAUCACCGUGGACCUGGGCGCGGACGCGCUAGCGGGCGCCCAGGGCGCGAAGGGGCAGCAGCAGGGCGCCCCCCAUUCGCCGCUGCCGCCGCCGCUGCCGCCGCUGCACCUGCUGUCCCCCCGCCACGCCGAGCUGCUGGCGCAGGCCGAGGGGCGCGGCGCGGUGCCGACGCUGCACAUAGCCGUCGAGCCCUCCAAAGGCCUGAAGUCGGACGCCUGGCGCCUGGUCGGCCCCUACCUUCGCCUAUACGGCGCCGGUGCCCUCUCAAACUCCACCCUGAUCAACCCGGAGUACACCCACCUGUUUGUGCCCGGCCUCGGGAGCCAGCCCUACGUCACAGCCAAGGCCUACGGCCGCGCGAUUGCCGUCGGAAUCGGCGACCCGCUCGCCGCGCCCCGCGAUUGGCCGGCGCUCGCAGCCGCGUUCAAGGCGGCGCUGCCGCAUGCGUCGUUCAUGCACGUCGGGCCCGCGUACGCGCGCGUGCUGCAGGAGCGGCUAGGGUUUGCGAUUGCGGACAUGGGGGCGGAGACCAACAUACUGGUGCGGGCCUGGGGCUACGGCAAGCGGACCCGCACGAUCCGCACGGCGGCCCGCGACGCGCGCAGCGCCGGCGUGCGGGUGCGGGAGGUGGGGCCGGCGGGCCUGACUCCGCACGUGGGCCGCCAGCUGGCGGAUGUGACAGGCGACUGGCUGCAGCAGAAGAGCGUCAAGGAGCAGGAGCUGAGGGUCUUCAUCCGCCAUCUGGAUUACGAAAACCCCCAGCUGGAGGACGGUGUGCGCCUGUUCGUAGCAGAGCGCGAUAGCCUGCCUCCUCCUCCGCCCAACCUGCUUGGGCAGCCGGGACUGUUCGACCCCGCGACAGCGGGGCCGCUCGGCGGCGGCGAGCCAGCGGCGGCAGACACUCAGCGCGGGGUUGAGGGGUUCGUGCUGUUGGACCCGCUGUGGCGCGGCGGGGAGGUGUUUGGUUACGUGACAUCACUCAACCGCAUGCGGCGCGACGGCCACCACGGCACCCUGAAGCUGCUGUAUGAGGAGAUCCUGGCGGCAGUCAAAGCAGAGGGCAAGGAGGUGCUGACCUUCGGCUUCAGCCCCUUUUUCAACCUUCAGAGGUCCCCUUUCCAUGGCUCGUUGUUUGCCCACUUGGGCCUGACGUUCCUGUUCCAUCACGGCAACAACCUCUACCAGUUCCAAAACCUUGCCUUUUCGAAGGCCAGGUAUGGCGGCGGUGUGGUGGGAGACGCGUACCGCGACCCCAGUGUCACGAUGACUCACGUGUACAGCGCCCUGCCCACGGGCCGUCCAGGCAUCAGGCUACUGCUCGACACAUACAUCAUGUUCCAGUUUGUGGGGUUCUUCGGCCGCCUCUGGGACACCUUUUUGAAGCUGGUGGGCAUCCGCGACAGCCUGCACGGCCCCAGCUGCCCCGAGGAGGGCGACUGCCGCCGCGAGGGCAGCAGUGAGGAGUCCGUCAGCCGAGGCAGCUCGCCGGUGCCUUCGCUGGUGGGCACUGGGUCCAGCUCAAGUGCCUGCGGCUCUCCGAGGUCUGACAGGAGCGCGGGCGCCAAGGCGCGCCGCAAGUAG